CACACACACACACACACUGGAGUGCAGUCCAGUCUCAGUCCAGGGAGGCACUUUGGGCUGUGUGUGCGCGUAGGUUAGAGUCCCAAGAUUUCCUCGAUGACUGUGAACAUAGCUGCCAUCAAUGAAGGACCUGAACUGGACGCACGACUGGGGAACUUGCACAGCGUGUCCACACCUUUUUCAAAGGUCAUUGAUCUGGUUUCACUCCUGUUUGUCAAUGAAACUGAACUUUCACGUGUCGGAUGAGGACUUUUCUCAAGUGAGGAGAUGGCCAAGGUGUACAGGUUCUAUGUAGGGAUACUAACAGCGCUGGCCUUAUGCAAAUACUCGCUGGCAGAAUGGAAUGCGACGGACGAGUCUGCCAAUCGGACUGUGUCCCACUGUCAUCGCCAUGGCAACAGAGACAAUUGCACAGAUACAGGGGAGUGGGAUGGCGGCCAUUUCUCAAGAUGUCCUGAAGAGCUCACAAACUAUUGUGUCCACGGGGAGUGUCGUUACAUUAAAGAACAGAAGGCUCCGUCUUGCAGGUGUCAGCCUGGUUACAUCGGUGCCAGGUGUGAAUAUCUGGACCUGGACUGGCGGAUAGGAGAGAAACGAGAAAUCAUAAUCGCCUGCGUCAUAGCCGGGCUCGUUUUACUCAUUCUUCUCGUUGUAUUCAUCUGUAUGUGUUCACAUCGUAGAUGCAGAUUGUGUUGGCAGAGGAGAAGACGGAGAGAAGAGCCAAGGAACGGGACGGAGAAGCUCAGCAUGAUGGACGCCAGCACCACGCACACAGCUUUACCGGAAGAUUCAACAGAGCUGCACAACACCGACGCUGUGUGAAAAGUGCAAGACCAUGAGUCUGGAGGUUGUUUACACAUGAGAGAUUUUGUCCUUAAUGCCACAGCUGCUGCCCUUUGUCUCACAGCGAUGGCCGUGUGCUGUAGGAGGGCCCCUCUGUGCUCAAAGGAAGGAUGUUUCUGGAUGCAGGCUGUGUUCGAUCAAACGGCAGCACAGGAGUUUCCACCCUCCUCUUAAAAGGGCAGCCUUGUCUGAAACUUUGAUGGAGCUUCAGGAGUGAGAAGACGCCUUUCUGGAUUUAUAAUAAACAGAAAUCGGAGAUGAGUUUUCUGCUGGUUGUGUGUUGGCACGGACACUUUUGUUUCCAAAUGGCAUGGGGCCACAUCUGCAAGUGGCCUUUUCACUUAGCCCUGCUGACUGCACAGCGCUAAAUAAAUUGCUGCUAUGUUGGAAAAAGCUGUGACACCAGCUGGCAGCCCAGAAGAACAGCUGAUCAGAUUAUUGGUCUGCGUGGGAGACAGUGAAAAAUGAGAGGAGAAGGGACUGUGUGAAGAUACUACACUCCAUGCUCUCUUCAGGAAACGCAUAAACAGAUUAUCAAAUGACGAGAAAUAUGCACUAUUAUUGUUUCAAUAUGCUGUAUCUUUGUGUCAUAUUAUUUCCGCAACUCCGUUUCAGAAAGUUGGGGACGCUGUGUGUAAAUGUAAAUAAAACCGAAACUUACCCGAGCUCAUCUAGUAGUAAGUAAGUAAUGAACCUGGUCCUAGCUUGUGAAUGUCUGCGCCUUUCAUGGAAACCCACAGAUGCUAGCAUUAGCUUCCCUGCUUGAGCUAGCUGCAAUAGCAUAAUCAUGCCUGUCAAGUUGUUUCUCCUCAGUAGUCGACAUUCUCAUCGCUUUUGUCGGUCCAAUACAACUUAAAGUGUUUGUAAAUGGUUUACAUUUUUCUGUUAGGAUGCUAACUUGUGUUUUGAGCCGACUUAAAUACUCCUGCUUAAACUGCCACCUUUCCUCGCCAAUAGCAGCAACUUUCUGAUCCUUUAAACCUGUUUCUAUCAUAUUCAGAUUAAGCACAUAUUAUCGAAAAUAAAUGACGUUAUUGAGGUUAAACAUAUUGUCUGUUGUUCUACAAUUGAGGACAUAUCAAGAAGGUUAUUCCAGUCCAGGCUAGCUGCUGGCUAGCUACAAAUUCUGCUUGUGAUAACUUAGCUCAGCAUUAUCACUCAACUUCCUCUAAAACCAAAACUUUCAGUCUUGAUGCGAUAGACUAACAUCUAAAAGUUACCUUGAGUGGUGGCAGAUGAUUUUAUUUCAUUCCUGGUAAGCUGUUUCCCCAACAAAGUGAAGUUAACCUACUGCUACCUGGCUAGCUAAAACAAGCAGUAGGUCAUUUUAGUUUAGUGGCAAAAUUUGAGAUAGGCUAAUGCAUCACUUAACUUCUCUCUUCCUCUAAAACCACAGCUUGACUUUUUUUUGCUAUACUUUUAUAAUUUUUGCAAAGAUAGACAAAUAAGUGAGAUAAAGCCUAACAUGUCGAUACGUUUGCUUAGGUGCUAUCAGGCCUAUUUACCUGUGGAGUGUUGUUUGAAACAUGUUGCUGCCAUCAGAUUCAGAAUAAGCAUAUAUUAACAAAAGUCAGUGAAGCCGAUGAGGUUAAACACAUUAUACCUAAUGUAUUGUCUUUGCACUGUUUUCAAUUGAGUAUAUGUCAAAAAACACCUGUUGUCAUGUUCUGUUUUAUUUAUGUGUUACACAGCGUCCAAACUUUUUGGGAAAUCUUUUUUUUUUUUUUUUUUAACUUUGUUGAGUGUCAUUUCACAAAUGCACAGUAUCCGUAUGUCACAGUUUUACACAACAUCUACCGUUCUCAUUUAUUCCUCUCUCCACACCAACGUCUCCAUAUAAUCUCACACAGAAUAUUGUUACUCGUCAACAUUAGCAAUGCAAGAAGAGCCUUCUCUGUACUGAAGGAUGCAGUUCUGGACUCCCGCGUUGGAGGAGGACAAGGAGAACUUGUGCUGGAGGCUUUUUUGAACUGUAUAUUUGGAGCCGAACUGCGUCGGAGCUACAGGGGCAGAACAGCCGGGCCUGUGUGUGGAGGCUCGUCUGACGUGAAAGUGCUCCACUGUAUGAGACAGUUCCCAAACUGCCAGCCUUUCACUGGGCUUUUAAUGUGUAUAUGUAUGUGUAUUAAGUCUGCAUCUAAAAGUAGAAUGAAGAGAGUUCAGAGAGAGUGAGUGAAGUCUGUUUAUAUGUCACCUUUCAAUAAAUUCCAUAUGGCUGUAUA